AUGGCCAAUCGUCAACCGAGUUCCCAGGUUGAGAACCAGGACUCCCAGCCCAGCUCCUCAGGGUACCCCCUGGAGGUGACUGUCAACGAAGAAAGCCCAGGACCGUCAGCCCCCUGGGCCGGCUGCAGCUCCCCGCCUCAGCGCCCUGGCUGUAAGAGGAAGAGGUCAGUGGCGUUCAGAGAGGAGGAGGAGGAGGGCGAGCCGGCCACUGAGGCCCAGGACACCUGGGUCGUGGAGUCGCUGAGUGGGCUCAAGAUGAAGCUCAAGCGACAGCGGGUGUCUUCAGUGCUGCCUGAGCACCACGAGGUCUUCAACAGGAUGCUCGAGGAUCCCGUCAUUAGGAAAUUCCUCGCCUGGGACAAAAACCUGCAAGUAUCUGACAAGUAUCUCCUGUCGAUGGUGAUAGCUUAUUUCAGCCGGGCCGGGCUCUUCUCCUGGCAAUUCCAGAGAAUCCAUUUCUUUAUAGCUCUCUAUGUGGCCAACGACAUGGAAGAGGACAACCAGGCCCCCAAACAGGCCAUCUUUUCGUUCCUCUAUGGAAAGAACCGCUCCCAGCGUCCCUUGUUCCACAAACUGCGUCUCCAGUUCAUCCGUUCCAUGGGCUGGAACGCUAGGGUCACUCGGGAAGAGUGCGAGCAGAUCCAGGCUUUUGAGCCAGAGCUCUGGGUGUGGGGAAGAGAUCGCGCCCUCUUGCCCUAGAGGCCCCAGGACCACGCAGGCCUGAGGUCAUCGGCCUGCGCAAAGAUCACAGAGCCCAGGAGAGAUGAGGAUGUUGCACAGGAGGUCAAUCCACACGCUGACGACAGCCGUGAGGAAGGGAGGGAGAAGCCUCUUGUGCAGAUGAUCGGGAAGAACCCAGCGUCUUCUAGAACGAGCUCAAGAGAGUUUUCGUGUCACACUCCUG